AUGGGUAAUGAGAAUUCUGACGAGAAGAUUGCGAUAAAAAGAUUUUUUAGUAGAGAUUCCUCCAAUGAAAACCUGAGCAAGAAAUGUCAAAUACCCAAGCGGUACAUACUGUCUUUCAUGGGCUUUCUUGGAUUUUGUAACCUUUAUUGCAUGAGAACAAAUUUAAGUGUGGCAAUUGUGGCCAUGGUGAGCAAUUAUACAGUCCUUCAAAGUGGUACAAAUGUCACAAAAUCUGAUUUUCAAUGGGACUCACAAACUCGAGGCUUACUGCUUGCUUCAUUUUUUUGGGGUUAUGCAAUCACCCAACUCCCUGGAGGUUGGCUAGCAUCUUGCAUUGGAGGAAGAAAUUUGUAUGGAGCUGGAGUGUUGAGCACUGGAAUAUUAACUCUGCUGACUCCUGUUGCAUCUUAUGCAGGCUUCCAACUGUUGAUAGUCGUUAGGUUUUUGGAAGGUCUAUUUGAGGGAGUCACAUAUCCUUCCAUGCACACAAUUUGGAGCAAGUGGGCACCACCAUUGGAAUGCAGUAAACUAUCCAGUUUUUCUCUUAGUGGUUCAUAUUUUGGGAUGAUGUUAGCACUACCAGUUUCUGGAUUGUUAGCUCACUUCAUCAGAUGGGAAGCCAUUUUCUACUUCUUUGGAACAUGUGCACUCGUCUGGGUUGUGCUGUGGUUUAUGUUGAUCACUGAAUAUCCAGAGGAACAUCCCUCAAUCACACCUCAAGAACUCAACUACUUGAAUGAGACAAUUGGAAUGUCGUACAUGCAAAAGCAGAAAUUCCCCAUUCCGUGGAAAUCAUUAUUUACCUCAUUACCGCUCUAUGCAAUAACUGUUUCUCAUUUUUCUGAAAACUGGGGCUUCUAUACAAUGAUGACGGAAUUGCCAACUUUUCUCAAUGAUCUGGUGGACUAUAAUCUGUAUCAAAUCGGUAUGUUAUCUGCCAUUCCCUACCUGGUUAUGAGCAUUACCAUAAUUUGUGGAGGACAGCUGGCUGAUUACUUGAGAUCAAAAAGGUUACUGUCGACGGUUGCUGUCAGGAAAGUCUUCAACUGUACAGCAUUCUUGUGCCAAGCCCUGUUGAUAACAACAAUGACCUUCAUAAUGACGCCUGCAUCGGUUGUUAUCUGUUUAACGCUUGCAAUCGGCAUGGGAGGAUUCGCAUGGUCAGGAUUCAGUGCCAACAUGUUGGACAUUGCCCCACAGGCAAGUAUCGUGAUGGGCAUCUCAAACACUUUUGCCAGCAUACCUGGAAUUAUUGCACCUGUAGUAGCCGGCAGCAUUGUUCAAAACAACGCUCUGGUGGAAUGGAAGAUGGUCUUUUUGCUGAUAGCAGUCAUCUACUUGUUUGGGGCCAUAUUUUACGGCAUAUUUGCCUCAAGCAAACUUCAACAGUGGGCAGAACCAAAGAUCAUCGAUAUCCGGGACAACCUGUCUACAGCUCCUACGGAGUAUGAACUCGGUCACGAAGAAAUCAAAUGA